AUGGAGGAAGAAGUUGCUGCUCUCGUCAUCGACAAUGGUUCGGGUAUGUGCAAGGCCGGUUUCGCCGGUGAUGAUGCUCCCCGAGCUGUUUUCCCUUCCAUUGUCGGUCGCCCCCGUCACCAUGGUAUCAUGAUCGGUAUGGGUCAGAAGGACUCCUACGUUGGUGAUGAGGCUCAGUCCAAGCGUGGUAUCCUCACACUGCGAUACCCCAUCGAGCACGGUGUUGUUACCAACUGGGACGACAUGGAGAAGAUUUGGCACCACACCUUCUACAACGAGCUGCGUGUCGCCCCCGAGGAGCACCCCGUCCUGCUCACCGAGGCUCCUAUCAACCCCAAGUCCAACCGUGAGAAGAUGACCCAGAUUGUCUUCGAGACCUUCAACGCCCCCGCUUUCUACGUCUCUAUUCAGGCCGUUCUGUCCCUGUACGCUUCCGGUCGUACCACCGGUAUCGUUCUGGACUCCGGUGAUGGUGUCACUCACGUUGUCCCCAUCUACGAGGGUUUCGCCCUUCCCCACGCCAUUGCCCGUGUCGACAUGGCUGGUCGUGAUCUUACCGACUACCUCAUGAAGAUUCUUGCUGAGCGCGGUUACACUUUCUCCACCACUGCCGAGCGAGAAAUCGUUCGUGACAUCAAGGAGAAGCUCUGCUACGUCGCCCUUGACUUCGAGCAGGAGAUCCAGACUGCUGCCCAGAGCUCCAGCUUGGAGAAGUCUUACGAGCUUCCUGACGGUCAGGUCAUCACCAUCGGUAACGAGCGAUUCCGCGCUCCUGAGGCUCUCUUCCAGCCUUCUGUCCUUGGUCUUGAGAGCGGUGGCAUCCACGUCACCACUUUCAACUCCAUCAUGAAGUGUGAUGUCGAUGUCCGAAAGGAUCUCUACGGAAACAUUGUCAUGUCUGGUGGUACCACCAUGUACCCCGGUCUCUCCGACCGUAUGCAGAAGGAGAUCACUGCUCUUGCUCCUUCUUCCAUGAAGGUCAAGAUCAUUGCUCCCCCGGAGCGAAAGUACUCCGUCUGGAUCGGUGGUUCCAUUCUCGCUUCCCUGUCCACCUUCCAGCAAAUGUGGAUCUCCAAGCAGGAGUACGACGAGAGCGGUCCCUCAAUCGUUCACCGCAAGUGCUUCUAA